UUUUCCCCCAAGCUUUGAAUUCUCAGCAAAUUCCCACUCAGGUGAUGGCGUCAUCAUAGCCAAAGAGGGCACCAGCAUUUCUAUGGAGUGUCUUCUCACAGUCGGUCCCCAUGAAGAUGUCCAUUGGUACAACUCAAAAGGACAACAGCUGGAUGGCAGAGGCAAAGGUGGAAAAUGGCUGGUUUCUGAUCACUUUCUAAACAUCACCAACGUAGCCUUUGACGAUCGCGGGCUGUACACAUGUUUUGUCACCUCUCCCGUGCAUGCCUCCUACUCUGUCACCCUCCGUGUGAUCUUCACCUCCGGAGACAUGAGCAUCUACUACAUGAUCGUUUGCCUCCUCGCCUUCACCAUCACGCUCAUCCUGAACGUGACAUGGCUGUGUAUGAUGAGCAGCCAUCUCCGCAAGACCGAGAAGGCCAUCAACGAGUUCUUCAGAACUGAAGGGGCCGAGAAACUCCAGAAGGCCUUUGAGAUCGCCAAGCGCAUCCCCAUCAUCACUUCCGCCAAGACUCUGGAGCUCGCCAAAGUCACUCAGUUCAAGACCAUGGAGUUUGCUCGCUAUAUCGAAGCGCUGGCCAGAAGCAUGCCCCUCCCGCCUCUGAUUCUCAAUUGCCAGGCAUUUGUGGAGGAGAUGUUUGAAGCCGUGGGAGUGGAUGAUCCUGAUGACAUGGGGGAAAGAAUGAAGGAGAGACCUGCCUUGGAUGCCCAAGGGGGCAUCUAUGUGAUCAACCCAGAGAUGGGGCGGAGUACCUCCCCAGGAGGAGAUUCGGAUGAUGGGUCUCUCAAUGAACAAGGCCAAGAAAUAGCAGUCCAGGUGUCCAUCCAUCUCCAGUCAGAGACCAAAAGUAUUGGCACGGAUUCUGAAGACAACAGCCACCCCGAUGAAACAGGGUCUGCAGAAUCCAGCUCGAACCACAGAGACGGGACAGAUGAACACUCCCAGCUGUGAGGCCACUUGCUACCAACCACAGCGGCUCAGGAAAGAACCUGCUUCUCAAAGUAACUUUUCUUUUUUACCAUAAGAUGACUGGGAUUUUCCCCUCAAAUAGGAAGCACAUCAGAGUAUGAAUUGCCAAAAAUCUUCAAAAAACUGUGGCAUCCUUUCUGACAUUUCUUUGUCAUUUUCCCUGAGCUUCCUUAAGCAACACAUGUUAAAGAUUUAAAGGCAUCCAAGCAAUAAACAGGUUGGGGGAGAAAAAGUCACAAUUAUCCUGCUCAGAGGUAACUUACCCUUCUGUUGACAUGUGAGCUUUUCCCACCAGUAAGAUGAAAGAUUUGAAUUUGAUGAGA